AUGUCGAGCUCCAACUCUCCCACCUCACAAUCCUCCAACAAUUACGUCGAGCAGACCGUCUCGGUCUUGAGCUCGAUUGCCAGCUACAUGCGUCUGCCCGCGUUGGCUUCAACGGGUCUCGCUGCUGUCCUCACCUCUUUACUAUACUUUAAGCAAAAGGCUCUCAUUUACCCGAGUAAUAUUCCUGCAAAUUCUCGCUCAGACGUCCCCAAACCCUCCGACUUUGGCAUCUCAAAUUUCGAAGAACUCUACAUACCGACCGACGAUGGCGAGAAGCUUUCGGCUUUCUACAUCCGUGGCCCUCGCGGCCACAAGAACUCAAACAUCACCAUUCUGAUGUUCCAUGGCAAUGCUGGCAACAUUGGCCAUCGGUUGCCCAUCGCCCGCAUGAUUAUAAACUACAUUGGCUGCAAUGUCUUCAUGCUCGAGUAUAGAGGUUACGGUUCUUCGACCGGUCAACCUGACGAGUCGGGUCUAAAUAUUGACGCCCAGACUGGUCUUAACUACCUGCGGCAUCGGGCCGAGACACGCGAUCACAAGCUCAUGGUUUACGGGCAGAGUCUGGGUGGCGCCGUUGCCAUCAAGCUUGUUUCCAAGAACCAGGAAGCGGGUGAUAUCGCUGGUCUGAUCCUUGAGAACACCUUUCUCUCUAUCCGGAAGCUUAUCCCUUCCGUCGUGCCCCCCGCGAAAUACCUUACCCUGCUAUGCCACCAAGUCUGGCCCAGUGAGUCGGUUCUGCCCAACAUCACAAAGGUGCCUACGCUUUUCAUCAGUGGCUUGCAGGAUGAGAUUGUCCCACCAAAACACAUGAAACAGUUGUACGAGAUUUCUGCAGCGCCCACCAAGCGGUGGAAGCCACUCCCUGCUGGCGACCAUAACUCAAGUGUCCUCGAAGAAGGCUACUUUGAAGCCAUGUCAGACUUCAUUGCCGAAGUGACAGGUGACCAAGAGAAAGAAAAGGCACGUUCGUAG